GAGGGAUUUAGACCAAAUCUUUUAGUCUACAUGGUCGAGUAUUCUUGAGUUAACCAUCGCACGUGUGUGACUUGUACCAAGGUUAUUUAAACACGUAAUCAACUAGUAUUUUUUAUUCGAAAACUUAAUACAAAAAAAGUGGGAUUGAAAAGAUGUAUAAAAUCAUUGUUGGUAUAAUUUUUAAAAUUACUUUGGUUUCCUCUUCUAUUUUAUUACCCAUAUAUGAAAAAAAUAAUUUGGAAGGAAAAUAUAGCGCAAACCAAACUUACGAUUUUAUCGUAAUCGGUUCAGGACCUUCUGGUGCAGUAAUCGCAAAUAGGUUAUCAGAAGUACCAGAAUGGAACGUAUUAUUAAUAGAAGCCGGUACCGUCCCUAGCGUCCUUACAGAUAUCCCUGCGAUAUGCGGUAGUUGGCAAUUUACAGGGUAUGAUUGGGGAUAUUGGACACAACCACAACAUCAAUUUUGUAAAGGUUGUAUCAAAAAUUCCCUCAAAUAUGGGCACGGGAAAGUACUGGGAGGUACCAGCAUAAUCAAUUUCAUGAUACAUGUACGAGGUAAUCGCAGGGAUUACGACAGAUGGGCUAAAUUAGGGAAUCCUGGAUGGUCAUACAAGGAAGUUUUUCCUUAUUUCCUCAAAUCAGAAGACGCAAGAAUAGAAAAAGCAGAUAAAGGAUAUCACAAUAAAGGAGGAUAUUUGACGGUUAGCGAUAUACCAUUCAGAAGCCAGUUGAUUGAAGAUAUGGUCCAGAGUGCUAUAGAGGCCGGAUAUCAAUACGUCGAUUAUAACGGCAAAGAACAAAUAGGAGUUUCCUAUGUUCAAUCUCAAACACGCGAUGGAAAACGUUGUAGCGCGGAAAAAGCUUUCCUUAGACCCAUAGCGAAUAGAAAAAACCUAAAAAUUCUUUUGAAAAGUAGAGUAGUUAAAAUUCUCAUUGAUCCAAAUACGAAACAAGCUUAUGGUGUUAAAUUUGCCAGAAACAAAAAAUACUACUACGCUUUCGCUAAUAAAGAAGUAAUUUUAAGUGCUGGUGGACUAAAUUCACCUCAAUUGUUGAUGUUAUCGGGUAUUGGACCUGAGGAUCACUUAAAAGAGCUUGAUAUACCUUUAUUAGCGAAUUUACCUGUAGGUAAAAAAAUGUACGAUCACGCAACCUUCAUGGGACUAUCUUUCGAAAUGAACGAAAAUGUAGCUCUAGAUCAGAUAGCAAUAUUAAGAAACGUCACUACUCUAAUUGAUUUCGUCGAAGGUAGUAAAGGACCUUAUACUAGCAUAGGAGGCGUUGAAGGUUUGAUUUAUCUACAAACGAAAGAAUCAACGGAUCCUGAUCCGCUUUACCCCGAUAUGGAAUUAAUACUUCUAGGAGGAAAUUUAGGGUCUGAUAGAGGCCAAACUUUCAGAGAAAUGCUUAACAUACCUCGCAGUACUUAUGAUAAAGUUUGGAAACCGUACGAAAAUAAAGGAUGGUAUCAGAUAUCGCCGAUGUUAUUACAUCCUAAAUCGGUAGGUUCGUUAAGAUUGUCUUCAAAAAAUCCAUUCCGUUGGCCCAAAAUAUACGCUAAUUUCUUCACAGAUACAGAAAAUAAAGAUAUUAAAACUUUUAUAGCCGCCAUAAGAGAAAUUCAAAGACUUAGUAGAACUAAUGUUAUGAAAAAAUUAGGAGCUAAGUUAAUACAAACGCCAAUACCUGGUUGUGAAGGUGAAAUAUUCGACAGCGAUGAUUAUUGGGAAUGUGCACUUAGAUCUCUAACUAGUUCUUUGUGGCAUCAAGUAUCUACUUGCAAAAUGGGUCCUAAACAAGAUCCCGAAGCUGUGGUAGAUAAUGAAGGAAAAGUACAUGGUAUCCGAAAUCUUAGAGUGGCUGAUACCAGCAUCAUACCGAUCACUUUGAGUGCUCAUACUGCAGCACCUUCUUAUAUGAUUGGAGAAAGAAUAUCUGACUUUAUAAAAGAAAAAUGGAACAAGUUUUGAAUUAUUUAUGAUAAUUAAGUGUCAUAUUUACGAAUAGCGAAUUCUGAGUUGAGGUUUUUCGAUACUUUUUUUCAAAAAUUUCAUUUAUUUAAAGUCGUAGCGAUUCUAUAAGUAUCAGUUUUCUUUCGGACCGAAGGUAAUGUUUAUGAGCUUCGGAAAAGAUUUAUUUUGGUAAAAUUUGUUCAAAAUUUGAUAUUUUUUCAAUUUAAAUUCAUAAUGUAGUCAGAUUAUUGUUUGAAAAUAAUAUAUUUUUGACUUGUGAGUCAGAGGAGAUUUGGAAAACACUUAGUGGUUUAAAAUAAAAAGUUUUACCCAAGUUAAAAGGACGUAGUUUAUAAAAAACUAUCAACCUCGUAAUAUUAUUAUUUGUGAUAAACCAAAGCAAAAUAGUUCUCUAAUAUUUUUUAUAUCUUUUAUAAAAAAAAUGUAUACAAAUAAAAAAAAUGAAACCAA